AUGGUCUUUGACCGAGUGAUGCUCCUGAGACGGCUGAAGGAGGAAGAGUUAAUUGUCCUAAAGGAAGUCAAGACCUUGCUUCACAUGUGGCACUUGACCUAACCAGGCAAAAUAGGGGAACUUUCAUUAAUACGUACAAUUGUAUUUAAGGAAUACAUUGUGUUUAACCUACACAUUGCGAUUGUUGUUGUUAGGCUGGCAAUUGAAUCAGUCAGAAGCUGGGAGCAGAGGUCUCUUCUCCAUGCUUCAGAGGAGAGUCAGUAGCCUCAGAAGACACCAGGACUCUGUCAAACUCAUAUACAGCAAAGCUAUGGGCCAAGACACCUCCCUCCUAGAAGAUGACUUCAUAGAUGACCUCCUGGAAGAGGACCUAGAUGACAUCUAUGACAGCAUCCACUGCAGCUCGGAUGACGAGGAAUCUAUCACAGAUUCAUUCAUUUUGCAUAUGUGCCUUAUCUGCCUUCCUAAGGAGAAAUAG